CGGAUUGUUGUUCUGCUUGGCUUUGCAUUUAUGAACAAAAGUUUGUUUAAAUUAGUUCGAUUUCAGCGCUAAGUGGGAGACCCCGGUCUUGUCUCGCGGCGUGUGUUUCUUUGCGAUGCUCCGAGUGCCACAACAUUGGUAAAUUAACAAUGUUCGAUAAAACUAUCACAGACUUAUGGCAAGCAGUUGAGUAUUCGAAUACUUGGUGGAUAUGCCUGUUUUCGAUAUGUGCCGUUUUGUUAUGCCUCUUUGCUGCCAGGAAUAUGGUGGUACUGAGAGUACACGGCGAAGAAUUUAUUUUUCCUACAUCACUCCAUCAUCCAAUGCAACCCAGAAUACCUCAGAUGAAUAUGAUGAAAGUUCACAUUCCUUUUACAUUCAAAUUGUUGGAGACUUCUAGAUCUUCCUAUUCAGAACUCCAGUGCAGUAUGUCAAGCCAAGUCCGCUACCAAAUCCACGCUUAUUGGGGUGUCAACAUCAAAGAGCUACACAUGUUCCUAUGGCGGCCAUGGGCUGACAUCAAAAAUGCUUGUAUCGCAGGGGAUUUCCUAACAGGCUACUAUCAAUAUUUGGGAAUUCAAAUCAACCGAACACCGCAUCCUGAUCAAGUUAUGUCGCUGAACUACAACGGACUGAAGCCUCUGGAUCUUGGAACGCCGCCACGACUUUGCUAUCCGCUUGUUAUCUUUCUGAUUAGAAAUGAUAUUGAUAAAAAUGUUCAUCCAGAUGAAACUGUAGCUCUUAUUAAUGUCGUGCACAUUAAAGACUCGGUUUGCACACUUCCUACCAGCAUAUUGGGCCAAUACUUGAAACAAGCUAAUGGACAGUUAUCGUGUCUCAAGCAAUUGUACCUAGCUACCGGAAAUUCUGGAAACUACGAAACACAAAUCCCGCUGGCCGUGGCGGAACCAGUCGAAGGCGGCCCAAGUUCAGUCGGUUCUUUCUGCUCAAAUAACGAGGACUCGACGUUCUGGAACAGUUCAGGGGAGCAACUUUGCGUCGUUUGCCAGACUUACCCGUUGUCCAGAGCACUUUUACCUUGCAGACAUACUUGUAUCUGUGCAAGCUGUUUCAACAAACUGGAACGUUGUCCCAUGUGCCGCGGGCCCAUCAAAAGCUACUUCUGUAUCCGAGGAGAAGAAUAUCUGGACACAAAAGAGACUACCGGGAACAGCAAUUCAAAAAACGAAGAGAGACCACCGGCAGCCAGGCGCCGGUGGUUUAACGGUAUCAAUUGGGACGAUCGACUCAUUGACUUUUUAGGAUUUUCACGGUAAAAUGAUGUAAAUAUUGUUAUUUAUUAAUUUUUGGUCUUUCAUUUAUUGAUGAUGCGGUUUGUUUGUUUAAACGAGGAUGUGUAUUAUUGUGUGGAAUCACAAAUUGGUGAACAUCACAUCAAAACUGAGCAGUGGGCAGUGAUGUACUAUUCAUAAUAAAAUAUUUAAUUACGCUUGGAUUCCUAAAUGCGACGUUAUUUUUUUUAAAUUGCAAAAAAUUAAUUCCGUAUAAUAAUCUGUAACUCAUAAUAAUGAUCUCAUUGCAUUCAAGAUAAUUACCUACUCAGUAUUUAAAUAAUUAUUAAAAUUGUAUUUUCCAUGUGAAUAAUAUACAUCCUUAAUAUUUUAAACGCACGACUGAUCAAAACAUAUUAUUUGUUUAAAUUAUUAACUAUAUUCUUGUAGAGACGCAAAAUUCAAACUAUUCUAUUAUAGUUUGUAAGCGUCAUUAUCAUUUAACAAGACACUGAAAUCAGAUUUUAGAGAUAUAUAUCUUCAAGUUAUAUGUAUAGAAUGUCCAGAAAUGUGGUGAUAUGUUAGAAAUAAUUAUUUAAAUGGAACAGAAAGAUUGAGGUUUUACAAGUCUGCACUUAAGUACGUAUUUUAUUAUACCAUUUGAUCAAACAUUUCGUCAUAUAUCACAACACAAUGAGGUUAUUUGAAGUUAUUUUGGUAUAAUAUCCUGAGACUUCUUUGACCAAAUCUCUUUAUGUAAAUGGCGCAUGUGCAGACUUGAGCUGUCAAUUCUAUAUUAUUCCUAGUCUCUAGAACAAUGUUGGCCAUACUUUGUGUGUAGAAGAAAACUAACAAUAAUACUGUAACCUAUCUGAAUCUGUCUUACUUGUUAUACUGGUUACAAUAAUUAUUAGCCAGCAUUGUUCCAGAUACUUAUGGCAUAGAAUUGGAUGGAAACCAUGAAAAAAUAUAUUCCAGAGGUCUGCAACUUGCAACCUGCAAGACGGUAGACUUCGCCAAUUAGAUAAAUAUGUAAUUGUUGUUAGAUUGCUCUGGAUUAACACAAUUACCUAUAGUGGAGCAAUCUAGUAGACUGUUUUAUGUCAAUAUUCAAUUUAAAUUGUUGUCUUAGCCUCUAUAGGACAUCACUCACUUGGAACAUUAUACUUGUGAUAAUUUAUUAUGUAGUUUUUUUGUUCCUUUUUUGAUGUCUAUUAAUUUUUCUUUUAUUGUUAAAUUCCCUGUUUUAUUUAUGUUUAUUUAGAUUUAGAAUAGAUAAUUAUUAUUUUUUGUUUUAACGAUCCUCAAUGAUCUUUCCUCCUAAUGCAAAAUAACCUCUGAAAAUUACUCUUAAACUAAAAAUGCCAGAACUAACCCAAUUAACGGUAAUAUAGUAUCGUACUAACAGUAUUUCUUAAUAAAUAAAAGCUUUGUUAGUCGAAAAGCUAAAUUUUUCAAGAUGGCCUAUACUCCUUUUCUGUUUGACAUUUGAGCAACUAUUGUGCAAUAGACGCAUUUUAAUAUGUAUAUACAUAAUUGAUUCUAUAUUUAGAGUCUAACUAAAGACAAGUUUAUAUGUAUAGAUAUAGGUGGAUAGAGUAGGUCUGUUCUAUAAUAGAAUGUGGUCCGAAAUAUAGAGUAAGCCAAGGCAGAAAUUAUUAAGUUUAGUUAAAUAAUAUAUAGUAUUUUUUUCCUAUUCUCAUUCAGACCACUUUCUACAUUAAUUCGUAAAGUAUACUAUACGUUAAAAUUAGAUUACAUUAUGAUACUAUGCCUGUGAUAAUACAUUACAUAAAAGCAGAA